UUCACCGGAGGUGCACGCCGACGAAACUGGCGCCAUGAAGAUCAAGGACAGGAGCCUGCUCCUCACAGCCGCCUGCGGACUCGUGCAGAGCGUCACGUGGUUCGUGCUGGCGCUGUUGGGCGUCCUCGUCUACAAGUGCGCCAUCGAUCUGCCAGAUGAACCUGAUGCUGCAGCGCUAUUCGGCACACGGCUCGCACAGUUUUACCUCGCGGGUGACGAGUGCGCGAUGUCCAAUAGGUCUCAGACGGUGGGUCUCACGCCACCGGAAGGGCUUCUGAUAAUCAACAGCAUUAUCAUCGCAGCGAGCGUCCUCUGGGUAGUCGCGUCCAGCCUCCUAGUAUGGGAGGCUGUGCGGGUGAUGGAGCAGAGGCGCUCCUGGGUGCUGUGGAGCUGGGUGACCAUCACCGGCUUCAUCUGCCUCAGCGACUUGGGUAUCUUCAUCAAUUUCAGCGUCGACUACUCCAACACAGUGAGCAGAAUAAGGUCAGUGAAGAAAAUCCAAAAGUCCCUGGGCCUUGAGCCGUGGGACGUGGAAACCAUGCUGGACUUUCCGACGCCGGGCCUGGAGCUGCUGACGUACUCGGCGUUCAUGAUGUCGAUGGCCGCCCGUGGCUACGUGCUGUGGCUCCUCAACGUCGCCGCCGCUCUUUGGGUGGGUUUCCAGGCACUCGGUGGAGGUUGCCAUGCCGACGAUCAGGAUGAAAGAAAAUCACUGAAGCACCACUUCCUGACCUCACUGUACAGUGACCGGAGGGAUAAACCUGACGGGGUGUCGUCGCCGUGGGCCGUGCAGUCGCCGGUGGUGGGCACAGCGCCGCGGCCACUGCCAUGGUCGUCCUUUCGCUCUGCGCCGACAGUGGAGAUCCCACGGCCCUUCCGCCUGGGCCCACCACCGCCUGGCCGCCCACGCACUAACGCCAUCCCGGAGCCCGACUACGACAAUGAGUCACUGCCGCGAGAGCCCGCACAGCUGUCACGGGAACCCCCACAGCUGGCGCGGGAACCCUCGCGUUUGGCACGGGAACCCCCAUACCUGGGGCGCUCGCCGCCGCACGCCAAGGACGCACUGCGCCGCGAACCGCCGCCACUAGACGAGAUGCCUCGCCGCUCUGCCCUCAAGAAGGCCACCUCCCCAGAGUCCCGGUUUGCUGGCAAGACCGUUUUCUGAGUACACACAGAAGCCACUGACGUUCAGAUUUAACGGCAAUCACCUUACUAUCGACACACAUCCUUUUGCUGCAUCUGGAUUCUAUUAGUUCAGUACAUUAAUUUUAGAGCUCUUCAUUUCUCUGCAGCUUAUGUUCUUGUGUGUCUGCUGUCGAAUCAAUAAACAUCUUUACAAGUCUCUAAACCUAAUGUACAACAUUAUUUAUUUGUGAAGAGACGUGACACUGAGCAAAUGGAAAAGAAUGGCUGUUAUGCCAACCAUACGGAGUCUCCUAAUAAUUGAGGUCACAUGAAUUAGCUUUUUAGCCUUACUUACAACUACACUUACAGAGUUUAUUCCAUUAAAAUUACAUGCACACAUUGAAAAAUGUUUAAACUAGAGGACUUAUAUUACAUUUAUUUAUUUAUUUUGAUUAUUUUUUUCUUCUUUUUUGGCCAACUAAGGACCACAUGAUAAUUUCAGUUCCUUCUUCCUCUUCUUCUUCUGCUGACUAGGAUUGCCCUCUGUUUGCUAUCCUCAUUAUGUUGGUGUACUGUGGAUUUACUGGGACAACUGCUGUUAUAUCUCUGGGGUGAUCGUCCAUGCACGUAUUUUCCUUGCAGUCAUCUAUAAUUAAAAAUUUUAACUAGUCCUGUCGGUCCAUCCUUUCUACAUGGUCCUUCCAGUUACUUUUCCUUGCCUUUAUCCAUUUAUUUAUAUCUUGUAUUCCAAAAUCUGUCUUAGCAACUUCAUAUCCACCCCCAUAAUGUUUGUUUUAUAUUUUCCAUUUUCGUUUUUUGCAGCAUAUGUCACAACAGGAUGCCCCUCAGUUGUCAUAAAAUUGUUUCUCCAUACAGUAUUUUGCAGGUAUCCAGUUACCCUUUGUUGCUUAGCUUUUUUAUAUUACUAUAUCCAUUGUUUUUAGAUGAGAUUUGCAUGUUAUAUUGUGUAGUGCUUUUAUUAAAUUGGUGAAGUAACAUUUGUAAAUUAUUCUCAUCAUUCGCUGUCAUUAUAGUAUUAUCAUCAACACAUGUAAUGUUUAUCCUUUUGUUUCCCAUUUCAUUUCUUGGUUUUCUUCUUAUGGCAUCAAUAAUGUGGUUCAUUAUUAAGCUGUGGGCUUUAUGAGUCUCUUUGUUUAAUUCCUAUGUCUGUUAUAAUUUCAUCUGUUAAUCUUUCACAUGUUUUAAUUCUCAUUUUAUUACCUACAUAACAAUAAGCCUUAUUUCCUCUAUUGCUUUCUUCCAAUACUAUUUCAUCUUUGCACCAUGUCUCUGGCUUCACACCAUUUUACAUUUCUCUGUUGGAAUUCCAAAUUUAACUCUUUUGACAAUAUCUCUUUCUGCUGCUUCUUCUGAUUUUAUGUGGUGUAUAUCUAAUUAUUUUUCAACUUCUCGGAUCCAACUUGUUGUUAAUAUAUAUUUCCAGAGUUACUUGGACAUCAGUUUUGUCAGCCUAUUGUCAUCUAACCUGGUCAAUUUCCCGGAUAUUUCGGUCUUCCUUUCUUUAAUAUUUCUGUCAUGUUUUCUAUAUUUCGAUAUACUUCAUCAUUAGUUCUUAAAUUUCAAGCGUCUUUGCUUUAUAAUGGACAUGGAAUUUUCCUCAAGAUUACCCUCUCCACUACUUUUAGUUGUUCUUUUUAUAUGUUGGUAAUAAGCAUUCACUUCCAUAUGGGUGUUUUGGUUUAACUAGCAUGUAAUCCUUUUUUUGCAUUUGCUGACAUGAAUUUUAUAGUAAAUAUUUUUUGUUGUUUCAUAUUUUCUUUCCAUUUUGUCUAUAAUUAUUUUUAUUUUAUUUUAAGCUUUUAUUAUUAUCAGAAAUACCUGUCCCUGCUUGUAACUGCCUUUACUUUAGUUCAUCCCAGAAAUUACCUCACUUAGUGAACUAAAAUAUUUCACUUAUUAACUGAAAAUUUACUUCAGGAUCUUGUGUAUGUUGCUGACAUCAUGCGCCGCUAUGUGCUUAAAGAUGUGAUGUAUUAGAGCACCAAUUUAUUUAGAAACAAUGCCUCAGCUAAGGAUUUCAGAACUCAAAACAGGUGUUUUAAUCAAACUUAAUGAAACUCUCAUCUGUGGCCUUCUUAGUUUACUACAAAACAUGCACACCAAUCUAUCCCUCUGGAUAAUGCAGGUCUGUGAUGUGCCUGAACUUGCUUAGUGGAUGAUAGAAUAUUAAUGCAAGAUCAUCAACACUGUUACCAAUUUUCAAAACGAUAAUGUCUACUUCAUUACAGUGCUCUCCUAUGUAUUUUACAAUCACUCUAUUGGUAAAGAAUCUUUAUAAAUAUGUGUACUUAUUUACAAAGUUGUUGCUAUACAAAUAUUUCUACAUCUAGACAUAUUCGCUUAAAUCAUCAUGAAGGCAAGGAAAAUCCACUGUUGCAAAUAGCUGUUACCAUUAUAUAAAAACAAAUUUGUUUCCACUGAUCAAAAUUUGCAAAUCUAGAAAAAAAACAUUGAAUUAUUAACUACAUAACAUUUCAUUUUUGUCACAGUGUGAAUUAUAUGCUUUAAGAAGUAUUUCAUGAACUAUAUGAAAAAUAGUUGGCCAAUAAAUUUCACUCAUCAUCUU